UGCGUUUCCGUGUUAGCUAGGAUGGCUAACAGUAGCCUAGCUAGCUGGCUGCCGUCAGCGGAGGGCUUACAAUCGACUCCGACUGGAUACAUGCAAUAUCGAUGGUUACAAAUAGAUUUUUCGACAAGAAUGCAUUAAUGUGCAUAUGCUUAAACUGUGUACACGUGAAUUGUACUGUGGAGAGCGCAGUGCCAACACAGUCCGUAACAUGCGAGCGAGAUUAAGAACAAGAUAAUAGUGUUAGCCAAGUGUGCGUCUUUAACUAACAUCUAGCUAGGAAGUGCACUAUCCAAUUUAUGGUGGCUUUGUUGAUCCAAUUUGUGUGUUUCGUCCUCGUCUGUAUUGAGGGAAAAUGAAGAAGUUCAAUAUUAGAAAAGUGCUGGACGGCUUGGCUUCCUCUUCAUUUUCCUCUGCAUCUCCACAACCGGGAACUAGUCAAAACGAUGUGAUCCAAGAGACACUACGGUCGGAGCAUUUUCAGCUCUGUAAGACUGUGCGCCAUGGCUUCCCUUACCAGCCCUCCUCCAUGGCCUUUGACCCUGUGCAGAAGAUUCUGGCCGUUGGGACUCAGAGCGGAGCUGUGAGACUUUUUGGCCGUGCGGGUGUGGAGUGUUACUGUCAACAUGAGAGUGGUGCAGCUGUCAUUCAGCUCCAGUUCCUGGUCAACGAGGGGGCGCUAGUCAGUGCCUUAGCUGAUGACAGCGUUCAUCUGUGGAACCUGAGGCAGAAGCAGCCAGCUAUCCUGCACACUCUCAAAUUCAACAGAGAGAGGAUCACGUUUUGUCACCUGCCCUUCCAGAGUAAAUGGCUGUACAUUGGCACAGAGAAAGGAAACAUCCACAUCGUCAACGUUGAGUCCUUCACACUGUCAGGCUACGUUAUCAUGUGGAACAAAGCCAUCGAACUGUCCUCCAAGUCACACCCUGGGCCUGUGGUCCACAUCAGUGAUAACCCUAUGGACGAGGGAAAGAUUUUGAUUGGAUUUGAAUGUGGGACUGUUGUGUUGUGGGACCUGAAAUGCAAAAAAGCUGAUUACCGCUACAAUUAUGAUGAGGCUAUCCACUCAGUAGCCUGGCACCAUGAGGGCAAACAGUUCACCUGCAGCCACUCAGAUGGAACUCUGACUACAUGGAACGUACGCAUCCCUGCCAAGCCUACAAUCACCAUCACACCACACGGUAAGCAGCCCAAGGAUGGAAAGAAGCCAGAACCAUGCAAACCUAUCCUUAAAGUGGAGUACAAAACGACAAGAGCUGGGGAUGCCUUCAUGGUCAUGUCUGGAGGCCUGUCCUAUGACACAGGGUGCAGGAGAGCCUGUCUGACAGUGAUGCAUGGGAAGAGUACUGCCCUCCUGGAGAUGGACUAUCCCAUCGUAGACUUCCUCACGCUCUGCGAAACACCAUAUCCAAAUGAUUUCCAGGAUCCUUAUGCUGUAGUUGUCCUUUUGGAAAAGGAUUUAGUUGUCAUCGACCUUAGACAAAUUGGAUACCCAAUAUUUGAGAACCCGUACUCUCUGUCGAUCCACAAGUCUCCAGUGACGUGCGUAGAAUAUUUUGCUGACUGCCCUCCUGAACUCAUACCUGCACUUUACUCUGUUGGCUCCUGGCAAAAGAGACCUGGUUACAGUAAGAAGGAAUGGCCCAUAAGUGGUGGUAACUGGGGCCAAGGCACACUAAGCUACCCUGAGAUCAUCGUCACUGGACAUGCUGAUGGAUCAAUCAAGUUUUGGGAUGCUUCUGCAAUAAUGCUCCAAGUACUGUACAAGCUGAAGACUGCCAAGGUGUUUGAGAAGGCUCUAAAGGGCGGUAAGGAGGAGAAGCCGAGCACGGAGAUAGUGGAUGAGGAUCCCUACGCCAUCCAGACCUUGUCGUGGUGCCCAGAGAGCAGGAUGCUGUGUGUGGCUGGAGUCUCUGCCCACGUCAUCAUCUAUAGGUUCAGCAAACAGGAAAUAACCACUGAGGUGGUGCAGCUGUUGGAGGUCCGUAUGCAGUGUGAGCUGGAUGAUGUGGAUUCUCCAGACACUGCAGGAGAGCAUCCUCCCACCCCAUCUACCCCAGUACACUCCUCCUGCCCAACUCAGGAGGGAGACCCCCCUGAGACCCAGCCCUCCACAACUGAUGACGGGCCCCGGGAUAAUGUACCAUGCCUCAAAGUCCGGAGCUCCCCUCUGAAGCAGUCUCCUGGUUACCAGGUGGAUCUGGUCAUUCAGCUGGUCUGGGUUAGUGGGGAGCCGCCUCAGCAGAUCACCAGCCUGGCUGUCAACUCCUUAUACGGACUUGUGGCGUUUGGCAACAGCAAUGGUCUGGCUGUAGUGGACUACCUUCAGAAGACCCUCCUCCUGAACAUGGGCACCUCAGAGCUGUACAGUCCCUCAGACCCCUACCAGAGACAGCCUCGGUCGCCUCGCAAGAAACGACAGCCAUCUGGAGCUCUCAGUGAUAACAACAAUGGAAACAACGCUUUAGAAGAGAAAAGCAACAAAUCCCCAACGUCAGUAGGCUCUACGUCACCCACCAAUUCAGACGAUGAACAAAAACAGCAAAGGUUCAUACAGAAGGUGAAGUCCAAAAGCAGGCGGUUUUCCAAGACGGUUGCCAAUGACUUUGCCAAGAUGUCAAGGAAAAUUUGCUCGCCUACAGAGCAAAAGACAGACCUGGAGAAGAGGGUGCGACGCCAGCGCUCUCUCCCGUAUAAGAAGCGCUUUUGUUGUGUGAAGGAGGGCAAGGAUCCCAGGAAGUCUCUCUCCCAACAAAGGACUCUCUCAGUCCCUUACCUCAAUGCCAAGGACAGUUUGUUCAGCCGCUCGAGGAGCUCCAGUGUGACCAGUAUAGAGCGGGAGUCCCGCGAGGCCAUCUCCUCCUUCCACUUCAGUGAGAGUUUCCCCAGGAAGACCGACAGCGGUGGCAGUCCCAGCCUGUGGGUGGGCACUACCCAGGGCACUGUUCUGGUCCUGGCCCUAAGCCUGCCACCCACAGGGGACCUGAGGCUUCAGCAACCUGUCAGAGUAUCAUCUUGUGGUACUCUGGUCAGACUUAAAGGAGGUAUCCUGACCAUGGCUUUCCUUGACUUCCUCGGGGCGGUCCUCCCCCCUUCCUACGAGCCGUGGUCGGAGCCCAACCCUCCGGACGAGGAGAAGGAGAAGGCGAGGAGGCGCAGGCCGGCCUCUCCACCCCCCACCCAGGAGGGUCAGGACAGCCAGUAUGCUGUGGUGUGUUCAGAGAAACAGGCCAAGGUGGUGGGCCUACCCUCCCAGUCCUGCUUCUUCAAACACAACAUCACAGAGGGCUCCUUUGUGCUGAGAGCUAACGUGGUGCAGAUGACUGCUGGACUCUGCCUCGCCUGCUUCUGUGCUAAUGGACACAUCAUGGCUUUGAGUCUACCCAGUCUCAGACCACUCCUGGAUGUGAACUACCUUCCCCUGACAGACAUGAGGAUAGCCCGGACCUUCUGCUUCUCCAACCUGGGCCAGGCCAUGUACCUCACCUCCCCCACCGAGAUACAGAGAAUCACAUACAGCCAGGAGACCUGCGACAAUCUACAGGAAAUGUUGGGAGAGUUGUUUACACCGAUAGAGACACCUGAGGCUCCUAACAGAGGUUUCUUCAAGGGCCUGUUUGGGGGAGGAGCUCAGUCCCUGGAUAGAGAAGACCUGUUUGGUGAGACGGCGGCUGGUAAGGCGUCUCGUAGCCUGGCGCAGCACAUUCCUGGGCCCCAGGGCAUGGAGGGCAUGAAGGGGGCAGCCUCGGGAGUGGUGGGGGACCUGGCCCGUGCCCGGAUAGCCCUGGAUGAGAGGGGACAGAAACUGGGCGAGCUGGAGGACAGAACCGCAGCCAUGAUGGCCAGCGCUGACUCCUUCUCUAAACACGCUCAUGAUAUGAUGCUGAAGUACAAAGAUAAGAAGUGGUAUCAGCUCUGAUUGCAGCGAGAGGAGACAGUGGGCCUCAGUUGUCUGCUCGCACCAUUUCAUCUACAGGAGAUGCAGCUCCUCCUCCUCUUCUUCAUCUCUCUGCAGGAGGAAGAGUUAUCUAACAGACUGAUGCUUUCCUCCUAGCAGCACAAUAAAACACUCUGCAUUACCUCAGUCACCUGGUUACCAAUGAGGAGGAGUAGACUAACAGACUUAGAAGGAACAGAGGAGGAAAGUUUAUUCUGGAUGUUUCUUUCUAUGUCAUCUGAAAGAGAUUAUUUCCUUAACACACCAGAAGAGCGGAGACUAAAUGUAUGGGGGCUUCUCCUGUGUUUUAUCAGUCAUGUUCUCAGCUGCUUUGUUGUCCAUGAGGUAAGACAAUUCUACUCAAAAUGAGCACCGUUAGGUUGCCUGUGAUUUACCUGUGCAGUGUCCAGGUGAGGUGAUGUCUGCUCUUCAGUGUCAACCAAUCGCAAUGGCACCUCUAAGGGGAGUCUCCUGUGUGUGGAGGAAGCUCCAUGGAAACCACAGUCAGUGGAGCCAGCUUUCUGCUCUUGAAGUCUCAAUAUCUAUAGCAAUGGUUAUGAAAGGAUGAAUCAGCGAUUGAUUCACCCCCCUGUGUUUCGUCUCAAGUCCUUCCUUUUUUUCUACAGAUUUGUGUUGUCUUUCAUGCAAGUCUUUAUUUGUCGUCUUUAUUUGAGACCGUUUUUGUUUUUCAGGAGUCCAUCCAAGCACUUAAUUAACCACGAGUUUAUUGACCAGUUUAUUUACCAUGUGUUCUUAUCACACCACCAAUAUAACUUUUCUCCUACUUACAGUUGGCCUGGUUAUACGUUAUUAUCACGGUUAGUUUUCCUAUCAGGUUUGUUUUGAAGCAGGAAGUCAAGGGCCUGUUCCCAUGUUUGUUUACUGAAAGGUAAAAGUUGAACUGGUUAUCAUGGAGAGUAAGUUAUCAGCUGCUGUGUGUUCUGAGUGAAAAUAUUACAGGCUCUUACCGAACCCACUAGACAAAAUGAAGUCUACAUUAAUAUGACCAAAAGGUGAUGGAUUAGUAUGUUGAAAACACUUUGCAGCUGAUACGGUAUAUAGUUCUAUCGUACUAAUAGAGGUAUGGCCAUAGAAUGUCAGUGCCAGCUUUGUAUUUUUGUUCUGGGCUCUUGAUUGGCUGAGAGCUAGAGUUGAGAGUAAUGUACAACGGAAUAGGGUGAAGUUGCCCCUAGAUGCUGAUCUUGGGUCAGUUUAGCAUUUUCCUCACUAAUGGUUAGGGGAGGGGAUUCUAGCUGAUCCUAAGUCUGUACCUAAGGGAAACCUAAAGGCCUACAACUCUUCCUCAACAUACUAAACAAUGUGGUAAUAUUGCAGUACUGUAUACAGGUUGGAUUACUCUCUGUGGCUUAUCAUUUGAAAUAGUUUUUAAUGUUUAGAAAAGAAAGCAUGUCUGUUCCAUCACAAGGAUACAGACAUAAGCCAUCUGUCUUUUUGUAUUCGUAGCGUCAGUAGAAGAAGUGACCAGGUGCCACUUGAUGUGCGGUAAAACAUUCAUUGGUCAUUAUUCUCUGAAUCAACCGCUAUCUUAGACGACUCUCUUCCGCCUUUGCUUAUCAUGACGCGUAUAUGCUAGCCUCUACCUAUGUAUGUGUAUAUCUGUGUGUGUGUGUUUGCUUAUCAUGACGCGUAUAUGCUAGCCUCUACCUAUGUAUGUGUAUAUCUGUGUGUGUUUGUGAACGUACAUAUAUUCAGAUAUGUGUAUGGGCACAUUUUUUUUUUUCCUUAAUGGUGUUUUUCAGCUGGAUUUGUUUUUUUUUUGCCCCGUGCAAGGAGAUGCUCUCAUUUGAGUUGAGGUAGAUGUGUUUCUCUUAUGUUCUUGAUUUCCCAAAUGAUUUUCCAAAUAAGAGACUACAGAUUGUUUUCACCCCAGCCAAAAGCUGUAAAUAAAUGAGUAGUGCGACAAGACAACUGGAGACACAUCUGAUGGUGUUGGUUCGGGGGGUCUGUCCCAAAUGGCACCCUAUUCAAAAGUAGUGUACUACAUAGGGAAAAGGGUGCCAUUUGGGACACAGGUGGAGACAGGUCAGCAGCCAUUUUAUUUUCUGACACCAAAGAGUUGCUUAAUUAUACACUGUUGUCUUGUUUGUCCAAACUCCAACAGUCUGUCUGGAUGUGACGACUCUAUAGACCAUACUGUUUGGAAAAUGGUGGAACAGCUUCUCCUCGCUUGUCACUCCCGAACCUUGUAACUUGUCACAUUACAUCAUGUACCUGGUGUGCAGAAGACCCAGGAAAAGUAGAUUUUCAUUUGACCGGAUGUGUUAUUUCUCGUACUACUGAGCUACAUGUAUUGUAAAGAGCUGUUGUGUGGUUUUGCACUGUUUCGUACCUUGAACCACUUGUUUGUUUUUGUUUAUAUUUUUUCUUGUUUAUUUCUCUGAGGGACCAAAACAUGAUGGAAACGUUAACUGUGUCAUUUCCCAGUAAUAUACAGCCUUGCUUCACUUUCAGAUUUGUUUUCAUUGCCAGUUAAUGAUGUUCAAAUGGAUUUAUAUAUUUGAAAAAAUAUUAUUUUAAUUUCAAUAUAUUCCAUAUUAAUACUUUUAAUAUAAUUUAAGAAGAAUAGAAUGGUGCAUUUUAAGACGCCACAUUUUUCUCCAAAACAAUGGUUGUACAUAUUGCCCAAUAUUCAAACAUGAAAAUAAACAUUUCUGGUGAUCUAUUAAA